UUGUCCAUUGCUUUUGGCUCGGUUACUCGUGUGUGGUUUUUCGCGCACGGCUGCUAAAAGAAAAACGUGAUACAAAAGAAAAAACCACAUCGAAUAAUUUUUUAUUUCGUGAAUAAUUCUCCCGACUUCGUGUUUCAAUGAUCAAAAAAACACCUCGCCUUUUUUGAAUGAACAACAUUUUAUCGCAAUUAAAGCAUGCGGUGCAAUUAAAACGGAAAAAAGUGUAUUAUAAAAUUAUUUUUUCCUUUCAUUUUGCAUAGAUUAAUUUUCCUUUUGCGUUCCUCCCGUUCCCGACACUAAACUCUUGAAAUCGAAGUCGACAAAGUAUACGCCGUAGCGCCGUAGAAGAAAAGAAAAAGAAAAUUGGAUUUUUUCGUCGCGAGUCGGUUUUAGAUUUUAUAAUUAAUUAAUUUAUAAUAAUUGUGGUGUGCAGUGAAAAACUACGAUUAUUUUGAUUGGAUUACUUUUAUAUAAUUUGUUGGAUUAAUUUCUCAAAAGAACACAAGAAAAUGGCAACUACAAAGCAAGCCAUAGACUUUGGUAAUGAUGACGUUGACGAUUCGUCUGGUUCAGAUUUCGAUGACGACGAUGACCCAGAUAAAAUAGAAGUACCAGGUGGCGGUCGUGAUCUGCAGACAGCUGUUACAUAUGCAAAAAAUAGCUCUCACAAUAACAAAAACUCCUUGCUGAUUUCAUCGUCAAAUCAAUCAUCAACAACACAAUCGGCGAGUUCAACAAACAAAGCAAUGGCUCAAAGUGUCAAUACAAAAAAUAACACAGGUAAAUUACAACCUGCACAACAAAUGCAAAAUGUUAAACAACUCCAACAACAACAACAACAUCAACAACAACAACAAAAACUAUCAUCGUUGUCCCAACUUCAGGCAGGAAUCAAUCCAUCUGCAUCUGGGUUUGAUGCUCUAAAACAGCAAACAAUGCCCCAAACCGGAAUUUCAUAUCUUGGUGGUGGACUAUUAGGCAAUGCCGCCGGUGGAAGUAGUAGCACUGGCGGUAGUGUUGCCGGGAUUAACAUGAACUCGGCCCAAUUGAUGAACAUGGGAUAUGGCAGCGGGCUGCCAGCGUAUUAUCAAAGCAAUUCUAUGGCGUCUAUAUUGGCGCAGAUGGGCAUGGCAGGAUUUGGAAAUUUGCUUGCUCCAUCCACGGCAACAUCAGCUGGAAGGGCACAACCCGUUGCAAAUCAACAAAUGGCCCAAGAUCCAAUGGCGCGAAUUAAUCAAUACGUUUUGCAGAAUAUCCAAGCUCUUUUGGCAGCAAACCCAAGCUUCCUAACAAGCGGAAUUCCCAAUAAGCUUCUAUCUCAAAUGUGGAUGCAAGCCCCAAUGAAAACAAACCAAGUUGCCGAAGAAGAGGAAGCUGACUUCGAAGAAAUGGGUGUUGCUGAGACCUACGCCGAAUAUUGGCCCGCAAAGUUAAAAUUGGGUAAAAAACAUCCAGAUCCUGUAGUCGAGACGGCUUCCCUAUCAUCAGUAGAGCCUUGUGAUGUGUACUACAAACUGUCCAUUCCACAGGAGACCAUCCAAAGUGGUCAGUUAAGUGCGUUGCAAUUGGAGUCUAUAACUUAUGCAUCCCAAGCACACGAUCAUCUUUUGAACGAUGGCAGUCGAGCCGGAUUUUUAAUUGGUGAUGGUGCUGGUGUUGGUAAAGGCCGCACCAUAGCUGGAAUAAUUUUUGAAAACUACCAAAAGGGUCGAAAGAAGGCUCUUUGGAUCUCAGUCUCAAAUGACCUGAAAUACGAUGCGGAGCGUGAUCUAUCUGACAUAGGAGCAGGAAAGAUUGAAGUGCAUGCAUUAAAUAAGUUCAAGUACGCCAAAAUCUCAUCAGAUGUCAACAACAACUGCAAACGUGGCGUCAUUUUCAGUACCUAUUCAGCACUCAUAGGGGAAUCGAAUAAUAAGACUGGUAAAUAUAAGUCCCGGCUAAAGCAAUUGCUUCAAUGGUGUGGCGAGGACUUUGAUGGACUGAUCGUUUUUGAUGAAUGUCAUAAAGCAAAGAAUCUGUGUCCAGUGGGUUCUGGAAAGCCAACAAAAACUGGUUCAACUGUGUUAGAGUUACAGAAUAAACUGCCAAAAGCCAGAGUUGUCUAUGCAUCAGCUACAGGUGCGUCUGAGCCAAAGAAUAUGGCUUAUAUGGUCCGCUUAGGUAUUUGGGGUCAAGGGACAGCUUUCCCAACAUUCAAUGACUUCAUAAUGGCUGUGGAAAAAAGAGGAAUUGGAGCUAUGGAGAUUGUGGCUAUGGACAUGAAGCUGCGAGGAAUGUACAUUGCGCGACAGUUGAGUUUCCAUGGGGUGACGUUCAAGAUCGAAGAAGUUCCAUUGUCUAGCGAUUUUCGAAAGAUCUACGAUGAUUCUGUUGAAUUGUGGGUUGAAGCUAUGCAAAAGUUUACUGAAGCUGCAGAACUUAUCGAUGCGGAGAGUCGGAUGAAGAAAACUAUGUGGGGUCAGUUUUGGUCAUCGCAUCAGCGUUUCUUUAAAUAUCUCUGUAUUGCGGCUAAAGUGAAUCAUGCUGUUCAAGUAGCACGAGAAGCUAUUAAAUAUGGCAAAUGUGUAGUUAUUGGUUUGCAGUCAACCGGAGAAGCAAGGACUUUGGAGCAAUUGGAGAGAGAAGAAGGUGAACUGAGUGAUUUUGUAUCAACUGCUAAAGGUGUUUUUCAAUCACUGGUGGAGAAACACUUUCCAGCUCCAGAUAGAAAUCGAAUAAAUCGCAUCCUUGGCUUGGGAUCCAAUAAGAAGAGUAUACAGUUGAUAAUCGAGGAGAGUAAAAAGGAGACAGCAGCAGCUGCUGCUUCGACAUCUAAGCGAAAAGCCAGUGCCCGGGCGGCAGCUGGAAAAGCGGCGGGCAAAAAGGCUCGUCGAAGGUCUUCAAGUGGAGAUGAAUUCGACCAAAACUCCGAUGAUUCCGAUUUUAAGAUGAUGUCUGCAUCGGAGUCAGAAGAAUCUGACCACGGUUCAGAUAGCGGUCAAAGUAGUGAUUUCAAUCCAUUCUAUUCGGGUAGUGACAGCGAUGCCGACCCAUGGGUCAAUUCUCGAAAGAAAAAGAAGCCCAAAGAAAAGACAGUAGCAGCAACAGCGGCUGCGGCUGUAACAAAGAAAAAACCCACUUCCACCCAAGAUAAGAUUCAGGAGUUGUUGCAGAAAAAGCAAGAACAGAAAAAUACGGUAACCCAGGUGGGAGUAAACGGUAUCAAGAUGAAUUAUGGUCCUCCACCCAAGGAUGCAAUUGAGAGAGCCUGCAGUAUGAAGGAGGAGUUGUUAAGAAAAAUCGAUCGACUCGGAGAUAAACUACCACCGAACACUUUGGAUCAAUUGAUCGAUGAACUUGGCGGGCCGGAGAAUGUUGCCGAAAUGACUGGUCGCAAAGGACGAGUCGUUCAGUCCGAUGAUGGUUCAAUUCAAUAUGAAUCCCGAUCAGAACAGGAUGUCCCCUUGGAAACGCUUAAUUUGACUGAGAAACAACGUUUUAUGGACGGAGAGAAGGACGUGGCCAUUAUUUCAGAAGCUGCGUCCAGUGGUAUUUCUCUGCAGAGCGAUAGAAGAGUGCGCAAUCAACGCCGACGUGUACACAUCACAUUAGAGCUGCCGUGGUCUGCGGAUCGGGCAAUCCAACAGUUUGGGCGAACACAUCGUUCGAACCAGGUAAAUGCACCUGAGUACAUAUUCUUGAUCUCAGACUUGGCCGGAGAAAGAAGAUUCGCCUCGACAGUGGCCAAACGCUUAGAAUCGCUAGGAGCUCUGACUCAUGGUGACAGACGUGCCACCGAAACGAGAGAUCUCUCACAAUUCAAUAUCGAUAACAAGUAUGGCCGAACUGCAUUGGAAACUGUCAUGAAAACGAUAAUGGGCUAUGAGUCUCCACUCGUGCCACCACCCACCGACUACAAAGGAGACUUCUUCAAGGACAUUGCCGGAGCGCUAGUUGGUGUUGGAAUAAUUGUUAAUAGUGAAUCAAAUCCGGGUGUGCUUAGCCUGGAUAAGGAUUAUAACAACAUAUCGAAGUUCUUGAACAGAAUUCUGGGAAUGCCCGUUGAAUUGCAAAAUCGUUUGUUUAAGUACUUCACUGACACCCUGAACGCGAUCAUAAGUCAGGCUAAGAAAGGCGGACGUUUUGAUUUGGGUAUUUUAGAUUUGGGUGCUGCCGGAGAAAACGUAACUAGAGUUAAACUCUUGAAAUUCAUCCGUAAGCACGCUACUGGUACUGCCCCAACUGAGUUGCAUACAGUUCGUGUAGAGCGUGGAAUGAUAUGGCAGGAGGCUCUCGACAAGUAUGCUGAUCUUAUCAGUGAAAAAGAAGGAUUCUAUUUAUCCCAUCAACUGCGCAACAAUAAGCGAACUGCAAUUCUUGCGAUUGAAAUCGAAUCAACGCUAACUCCACAGCAGCAAAAAAAGAAAGGCGACUCAAAACCUAGCAAGAAAGAUAUAAUGUUCCAGGUUUACCGUCCCAAUACUGGUCUACAAUUUCGACCAGAGUCGUUGGCCGAAAUUGAGAAGAAGUAUAAGAAGGUCACUGUAGAAGAAGCUGAAACUCACUGGACGCAACAAUAUGAUGCCUCCGUGAAUACCUGUUCUCAUGCUUAUUGGAAUGGCAAUUGUAGAAAUGUAAAUAUGGGCCAGGAGUGUGAGGUGGGCUUGAGACAGCGUCUUUACACAGUCUUGGCUGGUUCUGUGCUCUCGGUAUGGUCUCGCGUAGAGAAUAUACUUUCAAUGCGCAGUGCGAUAAACAACAAGAUGCAAGUUAUUCGUUUGAAAACCACCGAAGGAGAAAAAAUCGUUGGAACGCUUAUACCAAAAACCUGCUCCGAACUACUUGUCCAAGACUUAAAGUCGGACGCUGAAAAGGUAGAGGAGACAUCCUUUCAAAAGGCUUAGAGUAAUAUAAGACCCUUUUCCUAUUAGUUUUCCUAAUUUUUGUUAACAAAAAGAGAAAAAAAAACAUAAACAAACAAUAAUUGAACAUAAAUAAUUUAUGUUACUUUAUUAUUUCUUCAUCGUUUAAUUUAACUAAUUAGGGUUACAUCCUAAAUUAAAUGUGAUUUUUUUAUAUUAAAGAAUAUAAAAACUUUUUGAUUUUAUUUUUUGAACAGAAUAAAAACAAAAAUAGUAAAUGUUGCUUAUCUUUUACAAGAAUGCAACUUAAGAAUGUUAUAAGUUUUUCUUUUUUUUUUCCUUUUCUUUCUUAUUUAAGUUUUAUACUAAGUAUACAACAAACAAACAAAAUUAUAAAUAUUAAAAAAACAUCAAAUAAAAUAUUAAUAAAAAUA